UGCUGGCAAGAUGGUGGCCUCCGCUCUGUUCAUCAUGGACCUCAAGGGGAAGAUCAUCAUCUCGAGAAACUUCCGCGGAGACGUGCCGAUGACGGUAUCCGAAACUUUCAGCAAUCACAUCCAAGAGAGGGAGGAGAUGGAGCAGAAGCCUAUCUUCACGGUGGAGGGCGUGACUUUCGUGUACGUGCAGUACAACAACCUCAUUCUCAUGAGCGCCACCAAGAGGAACAGCAACGUCGCGCUCAUGCUGGUGUACUUGUACAAGCUGGUCGACGUUUUCAAGGACUACUUCGGGGAGCUUGAGGAGGAGUCUAUUCGAGACAACUUUGUCAUCAUCUACGAGCUCCUCGACGAGACCAUGGACUUCGGAUACCCACAAACCAUGGAGUCCAAGAUUCUCAGGGAAUACAUUACCCAGGAAGGGAACCGAUUGGAGGCCGCACCACGGCCGCCUGUGGCCUUGACGAACGCCGUCUCCUGGCGAAGCGAAGGAAUCAAGCACCGCAAGAACGAGAUUUUCCUGGAUGUGGUGGAGAAGCUGAACCUGCUCGAGUCUUCCAACGGAACGGUGUUACACUCGGAGAUCGUGGGUGCCGUCAAGAUGAAGUCUUUCUUGUCUGGCAUGCCGGAGCUGAAGCUGGGGCUCAACGACAAGCUGCUGUUCGAGUCUAGCGGGCGAUCUUCUGGGACGAAGAAGGCCGUUGAGCUCGAGGAUAUCAAGUUCCAUCAGUGUGUGCGACUGGCUCGGUUCGAGAACGACCGUACGAUCUCCUUCAUACCCCCCGAUGGGGAGUUUGACUUGAUGACCUACAGACUCACCACGCACGUCAAGCCGCUCAUCUGGGUGGAGGCCGUCGUCGAGCCACACUCCCACAGCAGGAUAGAGUACAUGAUCAAGGCCAAAAGCCAGUUCAAGUCGCGUUCUAUCGCCAACAACGUGGAGAUCAUCAUUCCCGUACCGAACGACGUCGACUCGCCCACCUUCAAGGCCUCGAUCGGAAGCGUGGCCUACCUACCCGACCAGGACGCCGUUGUGUGGAGCAUCAAGCAGUUUAACGGCUCCCAGGAGUACCUGAUGCGAGCACACUUCGGACUGCCUAGCAUUAGCGCCGAGGACGCCCGCGAGUGGAAGGCCCCUAUCCAGGUGAAGUUCGAGAUCCCGUACUUCACGGUGAGUGGUAUCCAGGUCCGAUACCUCAAGAUCAUCGAGAAGAGCGGCUACCAGGCAUUGCCGUGGGUUAGGUAUAUCACCCAAAAUGGCGACUAUCAGCUGAGGAUGACGUAGAAGUGGUGGCGUAAAGAGAGGCAGCUGCCAAAUUUGUGGAAGGUUUACUGUUCCAAUGUCAAAAUCUUCCGACUCGUAGUAGUGGGAGUCCGGAUGAUCGGGUGAUCAGGCCAACUUUUGUGGUAUUAUUUUUUUCGUCGUGGGGAGCCGAGCGAGAGGGGAAGAGGGUUCGUACUUCCUUCUCGGUAGCGAGGAGAGGGGAGUGGGGGCGAGCUUUCCAGAAAUACUUUAUUCGUACCAUGAUAAUGCACAUUCGCAACGUGUUUUUGUUCUUGACCAUGGAAUUCGUGGUCGAGAGGGCAAGCAAGGCCCGUUUUAUCGCUGCCGUGGAAAUUGUGCUGUCGAU